AUGGAUCAAUAAUUAGAAAAAUGGAAGUUGAAUAGUCAAUAUUUUGUUAGAGAUAAAUAUGUUAAUCUUUAUAAGAAAUUUGGAAAUCAAGCACUAAGAUAAUAAGACUAAUUGCAUUUCAAGAGACAACGUAUUUUUAGAAACACUUCUUUCAAAGAUAGAGAGAAACUACCAAUUAUGGAAUAGUCUUAGAAAAAGUGUGAUUACAGUCUCCCUGAAUUUAUCUAUCCUACUAUUCAAUAAGUAUAAACUGUUGAUGAAUAUAAUAAAAUAUUGCGAGAAAGAAUUAAGAGCAAUGAGCGUAAGGAAAGAAAUUAAUGGAAAUUGCCUCCUUUAGAAGGAGAAUAUAAAGAGAAGUAUAAAUUGAAAAGAGCUAUAUCUUAAGCUGAUUUGAAGAUCAAAUUGUAGAAGCUAUUUUGA